AUGCGCGAGUGUGUGUCCUUACAUAUUGGGCAGGCAGGUGUACAGAUUGGUAACGCCUGUUGGGAGUUGUACUGCCUGGAACAUGGCAUUCAGCCUGACGGGACCAUGCCAAGUGACAAGACCGUCGGCUCUGGGGACGACUCCUUCAACGCGUUCUUUAGAGAGACGGAAGGAGGCAAAUAUGUUCCAAGGACUGUUUUUGUCGACCUGGAACCCACUGUGAUCGAUGAAGUCAGAAAUGGGGCGUACAAGUCUCUGUUUCAUCCUGAACAGAUGAUUUCUGGCAAGGAAGACGCUGCCAACAACUUUGCAAGGGGAUAUCACAUCGGAAAGGAGUUCAUUGAACAAAUUUUGGCUGGCGUCCGCAAAGUGACGGAGAGCUGCUCGGAUUUCCAGGGUUUUCUGAUUCACCACAGCUUCGGUGGCGGAACAGGGUCAGGGUUCACCGCGCUGCUGAUGGAAAAACUAUCUGUACAGUACGGCAAGAGGUCCAAACUACAGUUUUCCAUCUAUCCGGCUCCCCAGAUGUCCUCAGCAGUGGUUGAGCCGUAUAACGCCGUCUUGUGCACUCACGCCACGAUGGAACACUCCGACUGUUCUUUCCUGGUAGACAACGAGGCCUUGUACGACAUCUGCUGCCGCGGGCUUGACGUUGAGCGUCCCACCUACACCACCCUCAACCGUAUGAUAGCGCAGGUCAUCUCGUCCAUCACCGCCUCCUUGAGGUUUGACGGCUCACUGGACGUGGAUCUUGCCGAUUUCCAGACCAACCUGGUGCCGUAUCCACGCAUCCACUUCCUUAUGUCCGCCUAUGCCCCCAUCAUCUCGACAGAGAAGUCUUACUAUGAGGAUAUGUCUGUUAGUAAGAUCACUCACAGUUGCUUCGAACCAGGCAACCAGAUGGUAAAGUGCGACCCUCGAAAAGGGAAAUACAUGGCGUGCUGUUUGAUGUUCCGAGGUGACGCCGUACCUAUGGAAGUGAACGCUGCCAUCGCCAACAUCAAGGCUAAAAGCACAAUUCAGUUUGUAGACUGGUGCCCGACAGGCUUUAAGGUUGGAAUUAACUCUCAGCCGCCCACCAUCGUGCGUGGUGGAGACCUGGCCAAGGUGAAGCGGGCCGUGUGCAUGUGGAGCAAUACUACCGCCAUUGCCGAGGCCUGGGCCCGUCUGGACCACAAGUUUGACCUGAUGUACGCCAAGCGUGCCUUCGUGCACUGGUACGUAGGGGAGGCUAUGGAGGAGAUGGAGUUCUCCGAGGCCCGAGAAGGAAUGGCGGUCCUUGAGAGGGAUUAUAAAGAGGUUGGGGCCGAUUCCUUUGAGGUCGACGGCAACAAAGACGAGGAAUAUUAG